CCGGUAUUGGGUGUAACCGAGAUGCAAUCGUGCUCCCGCCCAAAUACAAGUUUGGUGGUCUCCACGCCGCCAGCUGAUACACUGGGGGGGACCCUCGACUCUGCAGGGGCGAAAUCCUCUGCGGAGCCUGAGUCGUGUUGCCCUCAGCCAUCGGUCGGUGACGGUCUGCUCUCCGGUUGGACCGUUGUUCCCCAGCAGAGUCGCAAGGCAAAGAAUGUGCCAGUUGUCAAACACCAGGAAUGCGACCAUCCAGGGAAGCGGCCCUCCGACACGAAGAGUCAAAACCGAAAAAAUAAAAAACGACGACGCAAAAUAAUGCGUCGUGAUGCAGCGAUCUCCGAGUCGGAGACAAUUAGAGAACCCAGUCUUGAUAUCACAUCCGUUGCGGGCUCAGCCGUCGCCUCUGCUGAGAGUGGACCUGUUCCCAGAACUACAAAUGAAUCAUUGCAAACGAAUUGGAGUGAACUCACAGGCUCUAAACGCUCGCGCCUCGAUGACGCGCAAGGGGCGAACAAAAAGCCCACCCUUAAGGAGUCCCGCACCGUCCAAACCGCGAAAUACGCUGAUGCAAUGAAGGAUGACCAAAUUGUGGCUAUAACCUCGGACACACCUACGGGCCAGCUCAACCAAGCGCAGGCUGACCACAUCCUGACUGCGCUCCAACCCUUGCUUCAACAAGAAGCAUUGAAUUUCAAAGAAGGAGAUAAUCGCAUCCUGUUUAGGGGAAAACCUACGUUUUCGGGGGGCGUACUUAAACUGUGGUGCGAUGACACUGGGACGUUAGAGUGGCUCAAGAAAGCGGUCCAGAAGGUCGCACUGCCAUCUGGUGACAGAAUCUGCGUUAAGAGACUUACAGACGUGCAAAAAGCCGUACGCUGUGGCAUCCUGCUCCCAGGUGUGUGGAAGGAAAUCAAGGCUGUCGGCCUUCAGCUCCAAUAUCACAACGAAUGGGCGCAGGUAGACCGUUGGUCGCUCCUCCGGUCUGAGGUACAAGAAUCAGAAACGUUCAUAGUUGUCAGCAUACCGGAGGAUCUGGUAUCGACGGUAAUGGAACACAACCGACGCCUAGGAUUCUUCUUUGGCUCGGUUUAUAUAAAAUUCCAGGGGCCAAAGGGUAAAUUUACGGAAUGGCCGCCCAUGUGGGACAAACCAACGGUGGACAGCGUGUCCACGUCUGCCGCUACCGACUCGAAUACGGCCUCGCAGCCAAAUACCAUUACGGAAAUUGAAUAAAUUGCUCGACCACAACGCAUAAUAUAAUAAAUCACACUAUUAACUAUAUAUUGGAUAUGCGGAUGACCCAGUUGCUUAUCUCUAGUAAGAUUACAAGUGUCGUCUCUGAAAUUACAUAGAAUGCUCUGGGUAUCAUUAAGAGUUGGUGAAACUAAAUAACCUUACAGUAAACUCACGAUAGACCAAAUUGAUUUUCCUCACCAACAGACGCCAACUAGGAAAUAGGACUUCCUAAACAAUAUGGCUUCGUGCUUCGUUUAUCGGAAGUGGUUACAUACCAGAAAAGCGUCUGACACGUCGUUUAUAUCGCCUUUACUUAUUUUACCGAUGCUUCCAAGCUGGACUCCGUCGCACCCAACUCACUAAGCACAGAGAGCAAAACGGUCAAGCAGAUAUACUGUAAUACGUAACUUAUGAAAGAAAGAAAGAAAGAAAGAAACAUUAAUUUGACUCCACAGAAUUACAAUUUAAAAAAAUAAAAAAACAAUAAACUUAGAACAAAACAAUACAAUAAUGAACACAAAACAUCACAAUAAAAAGCUUAUACAAAAAAAAAACAAUUAAACAAAGAAAAAUGAAAAAAGAAAAUAUAUAUAAAAACAAAUAAUAUAGAAAUAAACAUAAAAACGAGAAACAUAAAGUGGAGCCAAAUGGGGUAGCCACUCAGCCUACGCAGCAACGCAGUUGCCACACUGAUUUUCAGUGGCCCCCCUCUGUGACAGUUGGAGCGGCAGACGUAUUCAAAUACAUAUUAAUUAUAUAAAUAUAUAUUAAUAAAUAUGAAUUAUAUGAUAUGAGAAUUCAUAUAUAAUUAAGACUUAGCUAAUUCGGAGAUGAAAUCACGUUAACAAUAGUUUAGUUUAGAGUAAAUGAGUUCGCUCCAAGUUUGAUAAAACAAUUAAAUGAUGAAUGAAGAUCUAUACAUUUGAGAAAAUCAAUCAGUCAAACAGAUGGAAAAUGCAUCACCCCCCUUUCUCACGAAGUGUAAAGCGUGCGACAAGAAAUUUUCAUACAAAUACAGUUUGUUAGAACACAUGGCGUCUACACACGUGCAAGCGACGGAGCACGCGUGCGAGUGUGGUGCCACCUUUACACGGCCUGGCGCUUUGAGGCGACACAGACUCGCUAAACAUGAUAAAAUUGUGAUAAAUAAAUGAGUUUUUUGAUAA